GGCAGGCUACUCAAGGCAUUCGGUUGACUCAAGCUGCUCAAGCACUCAAGGUUAUGUCACAACACAUGGAAAUGCCUUCUGCGCUUCCGUUCCACUUGCAUACGUGAAGAUCCAUCCCGUGUCCCUGAAGGCUGAAAGUGGCCCGAUUGUCGCAUUAUCCGUCUAGACUAGUCGCGACCGGCCACUAGCGCCCUAUUUACGACUCGUCAGCUGUUUGAGUGGGUUUUCCACUCCUCUCCACAAGGCGCUCGUGACUCGACUGACGCGACCAUCACAACGACCACAACACGCCCCCCACUCAGAGCCCCACUGGCUUCGGCACUCUUCGCUCGACUCGUCCGCAUCGCCACCCCGAACAUGCCUUCCUGCAACGGUGCACUGGCGACUUUCAGCCGAGGACCGCACACUCUGCGAGUCCCGCGGGAACUCCACGCGGUCAACCGCCAGCGACUCUGCGAGCAGCUGCGCCGCCAGACCGGGCAGGGCGCCUUCGUGGUGCUCCAGGGCGGAGAGUCCCCGACGCGCUACUGCUCCGACUUCGAGCCCGUGUUCCGUCAGGAGUCCUACUUCCACUGGGUCUUCGGCGUCGAGGAGCCGGACUGCUUCGGCGCGCUCGACGUUGAACGCGGGAAGGCCGUCGUGUUCGUGCCCAAGCUGCCCGAGAGCUACGCGGUCUGGAUGGGCAAGCUGCACACCUGCGAACACCUCGCCGCCAAGUACGCCGUCGACGAGGUCCUGUACGUAGACGAGCUCGCCGACGCCCUGCGGACGCGAGGCGCGCAGACGCUGCUCACGCUGCGCGGGCGGAACAGCGACAGCGGGCGCAUGAGUAAGGAGGCCCACUUCCCGGGCAUCGAGGGCUUCAAGGUGGACUCGAUGACGCUCUACGAGACCAUAGCCGAGCUGCGGGUCUUCAAGACCCCGCAGGAGCUGGAGGUGAUACGCUACACGAAUAAGGUGAGCAGCGACGCCCACAAGGAGGUGAUGCGCCGCGUGCGCCCUGGGAUGUUCGAGUACCAGCUCGAGUCAGUCUUCCUGAGCUGGUGCUACGGGACCGGGGGAGCCCGCCAUGUGUCGUACACCUGCAUCUGCGGCAGCGGCACCAACAGCGCCGUGCUCCACUACGGCCACGCAGGGGCUCCGAAUGAUCGUGCCCUGCAGGAUGGCGACAUGUGCCUCUUCGACAUGGGUUGCGAGUACUACUGCUACACCUCCGACAUCACCUGUUCGUUCCCAGCCAACGGUCGCUUCACGGACGACCAGCGCGGCAUCUACAACGCUGUGCUGGCGGCGAGCACCGCGGUCCUGGCCGCGCUCCGGCCCGGAGUGCUCUGGCCAGACAUGCACCGGCUUGCUGAGCGGAUAAUGCUGGCCGCCCUGAGGGACAUGGGGUUGCUCCGGGGCAACCUGGACUCCAUGAUGGAGGCCCGGCUUGGUGCCACCUUUAUGCCACACGGUCUGGGCCACUUCAUGGGCCUAGACACGCACGACGUGGGCGGCUACCUCAGCAAGGACCCGCCGCGGCCGACAGAGGCGGGGCUCAAGUGUCUGCGCACGGCACGCGCGUUGCAAGCGGGUAUGGUGAUCACGGUGGAGCCCGGCUGCUACUUCAUUGAGUGCCUCCUGGACCAGGCAUUGGAGAGCCCCACGCUCUCGCAGUUUCUGGUCCCUGAAGAGCUGAAAAGGUUCCGGCACUUCGGGGGCGUGCGCAUCGAAGACGACGUGCUCAUCACCCAGGACGGACACGAGAACCUGACCCAAGUGCCACGGACGGUCGAGGACAUCGAGGCCCUGAUGGCAGAGGGCAGAGAGGCCGCCUGAUGCUGGGCUCUUAACUCCUUAAAGGGGAGGGGCUUAAUGCCAUGGAUGAAUGAUCUAUUGGCUAUUGCUCUAUAUCUUUAACUAUUGGGAAUUUGUUUUCCUUUUUUUUUUUGUUGUUGGAAGCUUGUCAUUGAGACUGGUCAAUUCUGCGGCUGUACCUGAAACCGGUUGAAAAGAAUGACACCUGCUUGCUUUCUGCGAAUGAGGGGAUGUUCUUCGAUGUACGGCCUGCAAAAUAAAUAUUUUUGUAUUUUAUCUCUA